UGGCAGCGGCGACAGCGAGUAUGCAGAUUACAGUUGCCCGUCCGACCGGUUGCAGCAGCUGGAGCACCGGCAAACGACGGUGGGCGUAUGGGAGCACAUCCGGAAAAUUCCUCUACAUAAAUAUUCUGCCCGUACUGCUGCUGCUGCUGCUGCACAACGCACUUUUCGUUGGCGGGCUGCGCAAAGGCAAGCUGGUGCUGCCGAGCUCCUAUACCGCCCUUGGGGAUGAUCUGGAUGUGCAGCUGCAUGCCGAUCCGCACGAGUUGGCGACGGUGGACCGGUUAAAGUUGGAGAUAUCGCGCCAUCUACCGGGUGCGGCUGGUACUGUAGCUACUACGCUAGACAUACGGGUGGACGUGAACCACAACGUGACCCAGAUUAAGGUACCGUGCUACCACUUUCUGCACGGUGGACAUUACGAGUUGGCAGUGUUGGAGGAGAAUGCGAGCCAUUCCCGAUUGGGACAGCUGAUGGACGAACGACUCCGCCAACCGUUGCAUGUUAGUUGGCCUUCGGUACGGAUAGCGAUCGUGCCAAACCGAACCGACACCUACCCGGAACUGAAGAUCCAAGGAUUGCUCGAGUUCCGAGACGUUCGCUGUCAACUUCCGACCCAAGGGGUCGACUCACUGGAUCUCCCGGAGUUAUGGCUGGAACUGUUCUACUGUGGCAAAUCCGUAGAGUCUUGCAGUCACGGUAACAACUCACAACCUUUCUCGCGGGCGCAAGUUCUCUACACGGAGCAGGUGCGUGGACUUCCACCCAGCCGUGUAGUCGAUUUUCGGUGCGAUCUUUUCGGGCUGGCCGGAUACUAUGGGUUGCAUCUGAAGUCGGGUACGGGUGAGCCGGAUGAUCCAUCGAUGAGAGCACUGUUGCAGGCCCGCGCUCUACUGCAAGCCGACUGGAGCAAGCAGUACGUGUUUACUGUACACACCCGAAGUAUCUUUCCCUGUGAUCCACACGGCUCUGGAAUACGUGUACUGUUCCAGUAUCCGGCCUGCAUCCUGAACCAAGCGGACAGGGUACGGGUGUAUGCAAAGUUGCGGGCGGAUGUCCUAUCGUUAGCACCGCCCACCUCCCUCCAUUACAUCGCGGAACAGCGCGUCAGCAAGGGUCAACAUUCGCUGUACUUCGAGUGUGAUCUGUUCUACGAGAAGUUCGUCGAGUAUUGCUUCGUGUACGUUAGUCAGGCGAUAUCGGGUGCGGUCGCGGAUAUACGGAUGGACUGUGUACCAACGCUGCCGGUGUCAGCUUCCGAUUCCGGUGGAUGGGGACCCUGGAGCAACUGGACGCACUGUUCGACAACAUGCCGGGGUGGCAUAAGAAAUCGCUAUCGAUUUUGUGACUCGCCACCACCACGCUACGGUGCAAAGUUUUGCGAGGGUCCUUCAGUGCAAACGGAGCGAUGCGGGUUGGACACGGCAGGCGAUUCUUGGGAGUGCAUGUUCAGCCCCGCUAUCGGUGGCAUCAACCUGCCACUAGAGAUCGAAGAUGUCAACACGGAGAUAGGACCCGGCUGUCGCUGUGGUUGCGUUAUUCAUCUCGGGAUGGUCAAGCCGAAACGAUUGCUUGGGUCCUCCUCGCACAGCUGUCCCGAUCGAAGUCUGUGGCUGAUAAAGGGCGAUGAAGGAUGCCGUGUGCGUAUGUCAAUCGAUUUCCAAAAAUUUCCCUGUGACGGCCAAUGGUUGAAGAUACGGGACGGAGAUUCGGUUGCCGACGAGCUUUUGCUACAAUUCGGAGCCGAUCGAACAGCAGAAACUUCAAGUGCAAUGGCGGAAGCAACCGGCAAUAUGUUGCUGGUGGAGUUCUUCUCGCGAAAAACUGACCAAUACGAUGAGGCAUGUAAUGCGGGAUUCUUGGGUCAAGCGGAGCAGAUCAAAUUACCCCAUAUAGCUCUUCAACCAACGGAAAAUGAUACUUCAAUUGCGAGCAAGGUGAUAAUGCCGAUUGUGGCAGGUCUGCAGAGCUACGCUAGCUUUACGAUCGCACACGUGUGUGCCAUUGUGUUUAUUUGUUUUAUCGUGUUCGUGAGCUUCUUGCUCGUGGUGCAGUACAUCUUUCGGUAUCGGAAGUACGAGCUGGCCACCAGCAGGAUGGAAGCGGCCGACUCACCUGCCCAUACACUGUUUGGAUCGAACCAAUCGAUCGAACCAGGCGCUCCCAUACAAGCACGUUCUCGGGCUGUGUCCACGACAACUCUCAUCUCCGAGAUUGUGUCGUACGUGAAGUUACGUCCACGGGUGACGACCUCCAUCCGGCACGAACGGUUCCGGGAGAGUGUGGAGUAUACGCUCGAGUCAACGAACAACAGUCGAUCGGAGGGAGUACGAUCGGAUGGAAGUUCGGAGGUCGUUAUGGAGCUGCAGGACAGAACUGCAACGGACGUGGAGGAACGGGAACACCACGGGGAGGGCGAUGAAGAAACUCCACUUCAAAGUCUUAACGAUCUUAAUCAUCCAAAUGAAGACCCAAGUUCAACUGCACCUAAGGAACGUGCUUCACAGAGCAAGGAGGUUGCGGAAUCGGAAGAUGAAAGGUCAACGACGGUCAGCUCUGCUUAUUCAUCUUUAAAUCGUGAGAAAACACCGCUGGUGGGAGGCAGAUCUAACAAAUCUAACGUGGAAAAGCUGAGAACUGGUGAACAACUCGUUAAGAGUGCUACUUGUCUAAUGACGACGUCCAGUACCAGUACAGCUACACUGACCAACGUUAGUCCCUCGGAUGUUGAAUGUUCCUCUCCAGCCGAACUUAGCAUCCGGAGUCCCUUAGCAAGACGCAACACGGGCACUUCAAUAAGGACACGCAACGCGAAGGAAAGCAAAGAGAAGCGAAAUCUUCAAAAGCUGUUGGCCGGUUCGGACUACUCUCUCGGUGCACCUUCCGAGCAGGACAUGGAGCUGGACUACUAUGACUACAAUGUGAUCAAUGCGGGUGCAGCUCCCGGUUCGUAUCUGGGGAUGGAUCCAGCUUUUCUCGUCUGGAUUCCGCCCCUAGACGAUGGGUCCGAUGAAGACACCAAGCAUCGCCAAGAAGCUGCAUCCGAUGAUGAUGACGAAUUAACCGAACUUGCAAAUCGUGUAGGCGAUCGAAUGGGAUCGGACUCGCGGUGCGACAGUAUAACCCCUAGCGAAGAACUCAUCCGACAGCUGGCCGAACAGAAACAGAACGAUUACGUGAUCGUUUCGAACAGCAUCUCCAAGAGUGAUAUCUGUUCCGAAAGUGAUGGUGCAUCAACGGAUGGGAAAAUACCAUCGGAACGGCGAAGAAGAAAACUGCACGACUUGAUAUUGGUACGAAGGAACGGUGGUGGCAAUGGUACUGGUGGUAGUCCAGGUGAUAACGGAUCCGGAUCAUCCGUACGGAAAAGUUCCUCCGAUGAAUCGACGGAGGAAAGGGAAAAGGAAACGUCCUUCACGAAGUCACCGGUCGACAACAAACAGAUAAGUGAUUUCUACGAAAUGGCCGACAUAGCUUUUGCGGACGAUGAGGCAGACGAAGAGGAAGAGGAGGAGAAGGAACAUGAAGACGCGGAAGAUGCUCAUUCUGGGGGGUUUUGUGUAGAUCGUCCAAAGGGUGGUACGAUCGUACUAUCAACGGCAGCAAGUGCAAAGUUAGAACCAAACAGCUUAGUAAUGACAGAAUCCACUAAGUAUCAACAUGUAGUGACAGGUGUUUUGCACCGCGAGGGCGACAAGAUGGUUCAGUAG